AUGCGCAGUGUGACGGAACGUUUUUUUAGGAUCAAGUGGUUCUUAGCUAAUUAUCAAGGCUUAGGUCGCGAGUUGUUAUUAGAGUCAGAAAUGUCAUCGGAAGUGAUAGAUUUAGUUCUGUUCCGAGUGCCACUAUAUCGAGAUUUGAAUGGUCUGCUUCUAUCUGUUAAACCUUUUGGCCAACAUAUUAAAAUGUGGCUCAAUCCUGCUGAUGGUAUUUUAGCGGGAGAAAAUUUGCCAAUUUAUAGAUUCAAGACUGACCCAAAUAAUAGGCGAUUGAUGGAUAUACGAACAGAUACUGAAUUGAUAAAAUCUUUACUCCCACAAUUAUACGAGAAUACUUUGUACGCUAGUACAAUUGCGGUUAAUAAUCAUCCUGAUGGAGGACAAAGUAUGAAGGGUUUCAUUGGUGAUAAAUACAUUCAACCUGUGCCGUCUCGACUGAUGGAACACGCAAAAAGACAUCGAAAAUCGAUUAACGAUACACCGGAUCAUGAGUCCGAUAAUAAAAUUUAUCAUUUCGUUCAUAAAAUACCGCAAACUAAAAUGCACUCACCAUCAUUAAAAAAAUCAUAUUUACCACGCGUGUUAAUCAGACCAAAAAAAGUAUAUCCAGCUAUAAUAUAUCCCGAAUUAUUGGUUAUUGCUGAUUACAACUUCUUCGCCAGAUUUAGAGGAAUAGAAGAUGCUAUUUUAUAUCUGAUAACAUUUUGGAACGGCGUUGAUAUGAGAUACAGAAGCUUGGAAAAUCCAAAAGUUAGAUUAAAUAUUGCUGGUAUCCUUUUCGCUGAGGACCCAUAUAUUCUUUCGUACAUUCGAGUUCUCAAUGAAAACUUUAUGGGAUUAACAAAAAUUCUCAGAGCAAAAGGAAAAUGGCUGUAUUUUAUGCAAAAACUAAUUCCUAUUAAUAGCUAUGACAUCGCAGUAACUAUGACUCCAUUCACGUUAUGCGAGAACUUGGCUGACUGUCGUAUCCUCGGACAAGUUGCAGAGAUAGCAGGAGCUUGUCAUGUAGAUGACGGGAAAAAGACAAUGGGAAGAGUCGCUAUAAUACAUGACAGAGGUGCUUUUGAUGGAAUCAAUACUGCUGCACAUGAAUUAGGGCAUUUGUUUGGCAUGCGUCAUGACGGUACCGUUAACCAAAAUUGUGAAGCUAGACAUGGUUUCAUGAUGGCUCCAUCCCAGGAAUUCACAAAAUAUGCAUUUGAAUGGUCACAAUGUUCGUUGAUAGAUAUGCAAAAUUUCUUAAUGAGCCAAAGAGCAUCAUGUUUAAACAAUAAACCUAAUGAGGGUAAACCGAUAUACAGAUAUUUGCCAGGACGGCUGAUGAAUGCAAAUCAACAAUGCAGAAUUUUGAACAGCGGAAGUGCAGCUGUGAUAGAUGAUAGUAUUUGCACAGAACUUAAGUGCUCAAUUAACAAUUCUCGUGAUCCACUACCGGAAGCUGCUGAAGGUACAGCUUGUGGAAAUGGAAAAAUGUGUCUUCAUGGGAAAUGUAUUUUUGAAAGUCAAAUUAAUUUAUAA